AACCAUACUCUUUUACGUUGAGUUGCAACACGUUAGUUUAAAUUGAAAAUUUCAAAGUAUUUGAUUUUGUAAAAAAUCAUUUAAUAUUUCCGAGAGAUUGAUUUAUAAUAAUUAUUAUUAUAAAGUAUAAUAUUAAAGGAAUGACAGCCCUAUCAUCCAUUUGUAAAGAUCCCAUCAAAAGAAAAAAAUGGAUAGAAACUCAUCAGAGUAGUUUGAAAGCAUGGAUAGGAUUUUUUGUAACGGCAGUUAUAAUUUUUUUUGUUUUUUCGGAUGGCGAUUUUUCAUUUUUAUUAACAUUAUCAAGUUUUAUAGGAAUGUUUACAUUUCUGAUGGUUAUCUUUAACAUUGAAAAAGCCAAAACAAGCCAAGGAGUUUCAUUAAAAAUGUUUGAUUGUUAUGUUGUUUUACUUUUUUUUCGUUUGUUUUCAAUAGUUUUUUACGAAGGUUAUCUUCCUUAUGAUCGAACUGGAGAUUGGUUAUAUCAAACCAUUGAGGGACUGACGUUUAUUUUUGCAUCAACUAUAAGCUACUUAUGUCGUGUGCGUUAUGCGGAUUCUUAUGAUUACGAGAGUGACCGGCUUAAUCCACUUUAUCUUAUCAUUCCAAGUUUUUUGCUUUCGUUACUAAUUCAUCCAGCUCUGAAUGCCUCUAUACCAGCAGACAUAUCAUGGACGUUUGCCUUAUUUCUUGAAACAACAAGUUGUCUCCCUCAACUUUUCAUGUUUCAAAAACAACAAAAAGUCGAACCCUUCACUACUCAUUUUUUAGCAGGGCAAGCUUUAUCAAAGGUUGUCUCAUUUUUAUUCUGGCUUUCUUGUUAUAGUGAACUGAAUGAUCCUACUCGAAAGCUUAAUUCUUAUGUCGGAGUUUGGGUGAUUGUUAUGCAGGUUAUACAGUUAUUAGUGAUGGGAGAUUUCAUUCAUCAUUAUAUACGCUGUGUAAGCCGAGGAGUUCCCGUUGAAUUUCUUUUAACAGAAAAUGUUUAACUUGCUUAAGUUCUUCCUAGCAAAUUUGAAAGAGUUAUUAUUUUAUUUUUAUUUCAUCUCUGUUUUACACAACUAGGGAUUUUUAUUUAUAUAUUUGGUGUUCAUUUAAAGAAAAACCUUUUUAAAAUCCCCAAAAAAUAAAAACGAACGAUUUUUUAAUUAAAAACAUUGAUAAAAAUGUAU